AUGGGACAAAAUGUCAUCCCCUCCAUUUUAUUUUCUUUCACAAAAAAUUUUUUUAAUUUUAAAAUUAUUUUUUUUAAAAUUAUUUUUGAAGGUAUGUCAAGCACUUUUGUUGGUUUAUUACUUUGGUUAUUAGAAGAAAAAACUUCUUUUCAAUUGGAAACAUUCUUUUCAACAUAUUUGGAUGGAUAUUCCAAAAAAUCUAAAAAAUUGGAAAAAAAUUCGAGAAUAUGGAGAACAAUAAAUUCAUCCUCCAAUAGAUUACCCACACCUAGGGGAAGUUUUUCAAGUUUGGGAAGGUCCUCACAAAGAAUUAGUGGAGGGUGGAAGAGGAGAAGACGUUCCUUGUGGAGACAGGCAAAACCCUGGGCAGCUCAUUUUCAUCAAUUAUUUCCAGAAUCGAGACCUCCUAGGACGAGUAUACGCUUUGGGAUUGGUACAAACACUUCUUCCUCCCAACAACCUUCUUCAUGUCUAACAACAAUAACAACACAUUCAUCUUCUACACCAUCACAUCAAAGUAGUGAUAGACCUUCAAUUAAUCAAAAUAUUUUGUUAAAUUGUUCAAAAUUACCCCAACAAUUUGAAGAUGAUUUUUCUUCCCAAAAUUCCUCUACUUGUUCCCCUGUUUUUGAUAAUACUUUUGGUGAUUCUAUUGAUAGUUGUUCUAAUUGGAGGCAUACAGAAGAAAUUGUUACUUCAGCAAAUUUCUCUGAAGGAGGGAGAGAAAUUAGUAAUAAUGGAAAUGAAUUGUUACCUGAUAGAAUUGCUGAAGAGACGGGUAAAUAUUUAGAAUUAAAUAAUUGCUAUAGGCUAAGAAUCGUUUGUGGCCGAGUGGUUAGUGUGUUAGACUAGCUCCCCAAAGGGUCGUGGGUUCAAAUCUUUUUGAUGGUCAAUUAUUUUUCUAAUUUAUUUAGAGUUGAGAAAAUUGUUUUUUGUGGUAGUUUUUGUUAUAAAAAAUUUUUAUUUUUAAGUAAAGCUGAAUUAUACUUUAAAAAAUAUACUUAUUUUUGGAAUAAAGGACACCUCGUCGUCCCUACUAUUCAAGCCACAAAUCCCGAUUUUAAGGCCACAAUUUUUAAUAAUUAUUUAAGCACCCACCCAGAUAGGUAUUUUGUUGGAUGUAUAAGAGAGUGACUGAGAUACAAAGUCCUUCCAAUAUUUAAUUAAAAAAUUUUUUUUCAAUUUUCAGUUUGAAAAACAUAUCAGUGAGAGUGAGCAACAACAUUUCUUUAAAAAUUAAAAAAAAAAGAUUUCGUAAAAAAAUUAAAAUUAUCGGGUCAGAACAACAAUCACC